ACAACGUGUCAAUUUCAUUGUACGCGUUGCAAAGUCAAUCGCCAACUCAAAACUUGGUCUUGUAAAAAAAAACUAGUGGCGAGUGGCAAAUUUGUGUGCAGUGUUUUUAGUCUUAUCUCAUAGUUUAUUGAAUGAUUUUAAUUUUAAAUUACUGAAUACUUGUAUUAUCUAAACACGAUGCCUCCCGCUCCGAGCUCUACGUCGGUAGGUGCAGGAGGUCGGUCUCCUAGCAAGGCUACAUCAGCCCCACGGUCCUCUAGUGGCGGCACUGUAAGACAACGCAAAUCAACCACAACGACUACAGCAGCUAGAAAUCGUAGUACAGGUGCUGGAUCAGGUGGCAUGUGGCGCUUCUACACAGACGAUUCUCCUGGCGUUAAAGUAGGUCCUGUUCCAGUCUUAGUUAUGUCUCUUCUAUUCAUCGCCUCUGUGUUUAUGCUGCACAUUUGGGGAAAGUAUACAAGAGCAUGAAGUGGUUCCAAUUAUUUCCACAUAGAAAUUAUAAAUUAACUAUUAUAAUGUAAUAUAAACAUUUGUAAUGUAAGAGAGUGAAAGGUUAAUAUGUUAUGGUUAAUGAUUUUAUAUUGUAUACAUAGUAGGCCAUGCAAUACUACAAGUUCACAUGAAUAAAUUAUUACAAAGUAAAUACAAAUCACCAAUGAAAACUAUAAACCUGUAACCAGACUUGCUUGCUACUAGAAGUUUUGCAAGGCCUAAUUUAGUAGGUGCAUAAAUUUAAGUAAGUUAUUUUUUCUCCAAUAAAUUUAAGAUUUAUAAA